CGCAGCCCUGCUGAUAGGGUUUCACUCUCUCUGGGGCGAAGAGGAGGGCAGGCAGUACAAUACCAGCUCUGGGACAACAAAUCUACCUGGGAAUCUGCGUUCCUCUUCCUCUGACCCACCUAUUCUGGGACCUUCUGGGACCUGUGUCUUCUUGUGGAUACCUGGGUCUUAGCCAUGCCUCUCCCAACUACUGCCCCUUCUAGCAAGAGGAAGGCCAACAAGAUCAUCACCGACCUGACCAACAUCUCCCAGAAUGACGAUGAGUCAGAUCCCGAGGCCUCUGAGUUUGACCUGGGCACCAAGAUCAAGACGCCUAAGGAUGUGAUGCUGGAGGAGCUCUCCCUGCUCAAAAACAAGGGCUCCAAGAUGUUCAAGAUGAGGCAGCAGCGAGUCGAGAAGUUCGUUGUGACCAACGAGAACAACAACCUCCAGAACCUAAUGAUGUGCCCUCCCCCUAUUCCACCAAAGCCUGAGAUGCCAAAGGAAGAAGUGGUGGAGGAGGAAGUGGAUGAGGAGGCGGAGAAGAAGAAGAGGAGGGAGGAGUAUGUACGCACCUACAUAUCGCCAUGGGAACGGGCCAUGAAGGGUAACGAGGAGCUGACAGCCACCAUGAAGACCUUCAUGCCAGGACCCAUCGGGUUGCACCCAGAAAUGCCUCUGUACAAGAGCUUCAACAGGACGGCGCUGCCAUUUGGCGGCUACGACAAGGCGUGCAAGAUGCUGACCUUCGAACUCCCAGAGAUCUCUGUUGCCGUAGAGGAGCCGGAGCCCCUGCCCAGCCUGCAGGCCGACAUCCGCUCACGCCCCUCGUUUAACCGCACGCCCAUCGGCUGGGUCUGCAGCGAGGACAACUCACACAUCCACAUGGACCUGGACAACAUCCCUUUUGACGGAGAGACGGACGACCUGUGAACCUACGUCCAGGCAUAUUUGCAACACGUGUAGCCUGAAACACACACGCACACACACACCCUCACAUGAGUGUAUACAUACAUGAGAGCAUUAGGCUGCAAAAACUCUGCUGAGGCUCCUGUAAACAAAACGAAAUGAACAAAAAUGAUUUAAAAAUGACGUGAACAGUACAAAGUGUCUUCCCUGGUCUCUUGUGUGCUUUCAUAUCUUUUCCCUUUCCCAACUACGAUUCAGUCUUACUAUGAUUUUGCAUCCCGUGAGCUAACGCGAGACCUGUGUGAAUAGAUAUCGAUGAGCACUCUGCACUCUUAAAAGAAUGUAUUUAUGCAAUAAAGUUCCCCUUUACAGAA